AUGGGUACGCAGGACCAGACAGGAGCAAAACGGACCAAGGGUAAGCCUAUUCCCAGCCAACCAGGAUCUCACGGCACGACUGUCAUGAAGGGGCAGCCGUCUACCGGGUCAUCAGGGUCCAGGGAGGCGUGCGAUGAAUGCCGUAUCCGCAAGGUCCGUUGCAACAAGGAAUAUCCCAAGUGCUCGAGCUGUCGCAAAUCCAAUCUCGCAUGUGGGUUCUCCAACAAGGGGAAGCGAGUCAAUCACACCAAGAAACUGGUUAACGAGGUCGAAGUCCUUGGAAACCGUCUUGGGAAGAUUGAAGAGGCGCUGCUUCGCUGCUUGUCAGCUGUAGAGCGUUCAAAUUCUCCGUCGAACGCUGCUACACGGCCAAGCUCGGUCAUCCAGUCCGACGACAGUCAUAGUGACCCCAAUGAUAGUCGACAUAUGGACGAAAGCACCUUAGAUGCCUCUUCAGAGACGCGCCCCGAACAAUGCAGUUACCAUGCCUUCCCUGGAUCAACCCCUAUUGCUUCUCUAUAUGCCGAGGCCCAGGCUGCGUGCGAUAGACUGAGAUCGCUAUUACCAUUCCCGAAUCCAGACGGCGAAUAUAGUCCAGCUUCACCGGAUUUCAGACCAGGCCAGAGUCGUUCAUUGCAGUCACGGCUUAAAGAAGUCAGCGAAUUGUUCGAGAAUCUGACCAGAGAAAGCCCAGUCCUGUCGAUACCAGAGUCAGAUGGGCUGCUACCCUCGUUACCACCACGAGCACUGGUAGAAGCCAGUCUAGAAACAUAUUUUACAUGCCUGAGUCCCUUUCUGCCCAUCUACGACCGAGAAAGUGUUGCGUCAGCGAUUAAGGAGCAGUAUGGACCAAUGGUCAACAACCCUGACCCAGCCUGGAUGAUUUUGUUCAACAAUAUCCUUCUACAGACACUGGAUGCCAAGAAUAGUGCAACAACCAGAGCUGGUUUGAUCAACCACAACAUACUAGAAGACGAGCUCAUCAAAAGCUUGUUACUGAACUAUCAGCGAGGGUACAACAAUUUCGAGAGACUGCUGAGACCGCAGCUAGUCAAUGUGCAGGCGCUGUUGAGCAUGGCAUUGAUCGCCUUGAAGUAUUUUUCUCUCGCGACCUUUGAGACAGUGUUUGCACAGGCGUGCCAGUUAGCCAAAUCCAUCGGCCUCCAUCAAAGGAAUUCGAACUCGGAGAACGCAGAACAGACAGACCUGUGGUGGUCCUUGUUCAUCAUCGACAAACACGCGUCUUUCAUAGCUGGCAAGCCUUGCCUUCUUCCAUCCUACGACUGUGGGCUUCUUUUCCCAGCGGCAAACUCUGACCAUAUCGCAAGGGAUCAACGUUCUGCACACAUCUCUCUGGCACAUAUCCAAGAAGACAUGUACCAAUGUCUCUACUCCGCGCGAACGACUCGCAAGGGGCGAGACUACAUCAUUUGUCAAGUUCAGCAGAUCAACCGAACAUUGGAAGACUGGGAGAUCCAGCACAAACAUAUUCUCUCUCCUGCAUGCACUAUGACCGAGCAAGAAGCAUUUCGCCUCACUGAGCUGCGAUACACACUAUGUACACUUCGGGUUCUGACUCAAAGGUUGGAGCAUGCAUCCAACGACCGUUGCUCACGCUUGGAAUAUGCACGAUCUGGCCUUCGUCUAUUGCAGGAGACAUGCGGUACAGCUGGGGAUAGCGUCGUUGGGCUUGCACUGUAUCAAAGUAUCUGCCUGAAUUAUUCCAUGGCGUUGUUCCUCGAGGUCUUCAUCGCCAUCAUCGAAGAGUACCAGCAAGACCACCGUAUCGACGCCGAGCUACUUUCUUCGUUCGCUGCCCACAUGAACUUUUUCUCUGCCAAAUCGUCUCCUACAGCUCAUGCGUCCAAAGCCGCCUACAUGGCCGGUCUUUGUAGCAAUAUCGCUCUCAGCAUUCAAAUGCUAGACGACGGCUAUUUCCCGCGUGAAAUACCGCCUUCCAGACCCAAUUCUAUACCGGACUCUCCAGGUCUCACGACCAUUUCUACUGUCUCGACCUUCGGUCCAGAGAUGCUCGAGACCCCUUCAUUAAGUGUGGACAUUCCCACGUCAUUCAUAGGGGUCCCCUCCUGGGAAUUAUCCUCAUUCCCUACUGACGGAAACUUCAACGUGAAAAUGCAUGAAGCGCAGGCAGAGCCUUACGAGCAACAUGGACUACUUGUUGGAAGCACCCCUACUGCAGGAUUUGCAUAUAGACCAGAGCUGGCCGGGAUGAGUUCGAUGGAGUUUGAUGCAAUGCUUGAUACAUUUGCCUUGUAUGAUCAUAGAGGAGGACUUACGCAGAACGACGGAUUCUAG